AAACCAACCAUUUACAUUCCACAAAAAGAUUCUCAUCAACUUUGUUUAUCACACAUUCAACAAUAAUAAUUUUAAAAAAUAUCACCGAGUAACAACAUACAAAAUACAAAAAUGGCUUCGACUUCAUGUUCCUUGCACCACCCUGCACUCCUUAAAUCUUCUCCUUCACAACGCCAUGUUCACUCCACCAAGCCCACCCAAGUUAUCUGCCGUGCCCAGAAGCAAGUUUCUGUACAGGAAGAUGAUUCUGCCAGCGCCACCGUAUCUCGUAGAUUGGCUCUCACGGUUCUCAUUGGUGCUGCUGCAGUUGGCUCCAAGGUUUCUCCUGCUGAUGCAGCCUAUGGUGAAUCUGCAAAUGUUUUCGGGAAGCCAAAGACAACAGAAUUUAUGCCCUACACUGGAAAAGAUUUCACUCUGUUGAUUCCUGCAAAAUGGAACCCAAGCAAGGAGGUGGAAUUCCCGGGACAGGUUCUUAGAUUCGAAGACAACUUCGACACCACCAGCAACCUUUCAGUCAUGGUCCUCCCAACCGACAAGAAGUCCAUCACCGACUACGGUUCCCCUGAAAAAUUCUUAUCUACAGUGGACUACUUGCUGGGAAAACAAGCCUACUUCGGCAAGACUGCUUCAGAGGGUGGCUUUGAACAAGAUGCGGUGGCAACAGCCAAUAUAUUGGAGACCGCGACUCCUGUGGUCGGUGGGAAGCAGUACUACAGCUUGUCCGUAUUGACAAGAACUGCAGAUGGAGAUGAAGGGGGCAAACACCAGCUUAUCACAGCCACAGUUUCAGAUGGUAAGCUUUAUAUAUGCAAGGCUCAAGCCGGAGAUAAGAGAUGGUUUAAAGGAGCCAAGAAAUUCGUGGAGAAUGCUACAAGUUCUUUCAGCGUUGCUUAAGAUAAACCAUGGGUUUGAAUGUAAAUCAGCUUAAUUAAAGAUGUGUUGGUGUAUUCAUUAUGUCAAAACAUCUUAGCCCAAGUUUUAAAGGUGAAUAAGCACUCCGUUUGAGGAAGCUACUGCGACUGAUCUAGCAUUUGUAUGCAUAUAAGAUUGGUGCUACAUUGUCAAUA